AUGAAAUCCUUGUCUGUAUUUACUUUUAUCAUAUUUUUAACAACUCUAGCAGAGACUUGCAUGCGAACUAUACCACCUGAUGAAGUUUACAUCACUAGUACUCUUCCUCCUGAACAGGAUACUACGCCGGGAAGUCCAGGUACCUCGGCAACAGAUGCCACCCCGACAGAUUCACCGGUGACCCAACCAACUGAACCGUCUACAGUAACUGAUCCUGUUACAGAACCUGUAACGACACCCAUGGCCCCACUGACACCUUGCCAAAUGUGUGAUGGGGAUAGUUUAACUCAAGAUCUUGGAGACCCUGCAAAGCGACCACCGACAAGUUGGAGGUAA